UGGCAUAAAGAUAAGGAAUUGUACAAGUGCCUAGGUCACAUAGCACAGGACACAAGAAACAUGAGGGGAUUUUGUUUCGUGUACUUAUUGGUUAUAUUGACCGUAAACUGUACUUAUGGCUGCAAGACAGGGUGGAUGCAGUUUCAGAACAAGUGCUACUACUUCAGUGUUCUUGCAAGGGAAUGGGGCGUAGCGUCUAGCUAUUGCAAAGCGUUCAAGUCUAAGUUGGCAGAACCUCAAACCGAGGCUGAAGCUCACUUCCUGUCCAGCCAUGCUCAAAAAUUCGGUGGGAAAAGCUUUUGGAUUGGGAUCACUGAUAUGGUGGAAGAAACAACCUGGACGUAUGCGUCCAAUCAGCAACCAAUUCACAUAGCCUCGUUUUGGGGAGUACAUGAACCAAACGGACACGCUGUCGAGAACUGCGCAAUGCUGUGGUCAGGAAGUCAUGACAAAAUGGCAGAUUAUACUUGCGCCGGAGGCUUAAAUUUUAUUUGUGAACAAGAUCAAGAAUUCUCCGAGGUGCAAAAUGAAGUUAUUGGUUGAUAUAUAAACAGAAAUACAUGUAUAUUGAUGUAUUGUACUUUUACAAAUUUACAUCACUCUAUGGUAAUAAAAAAUCAAAACCAUGUC